CUAUCAACAAUGAGAGACCAUCACUCAUUAUGAUACCCAGUGUUGCAGCUGCUGUGUCAUUAUUGGAGGGAAUGAUGGAGGUACUUAGUUCAGCUGUUAAACUUGAGACCAGUUCACCACAGUUAGCUGAAUUAUAUCAGUACCUCUGUCUGGCUGCUCCUUUUGGUACACCUAAUGAAACUAAUCCUUCUAACUUGAAAUUUCAGAUCCAGUUUAGGAAAGGGCUGGCUAUGCCAAAGGAAAAGAUUCCUUCAUGGAGACCAGCUGUGUAUAAAGGAAGCUCAAAACUUAAUGUUAGAAUAAAAGAAGAAGUUAGGGCUGUCCAGUAUGAUAAAGAAGACAUUGAAGACAUAUGUCAAUUGUAUGGAUCAGUAUUAUGCAAGGCGGAACUUGAGGGUCACCCUGACAUAGUAUUAAACUUGACCACGCCUCCUGACUCCUCCCACCUUGAUCACUUAACUGUUCAUUCUUGUGUACAGUCGUCUGAUGCUGAGCCAGUACUAGCUGAUACUACUAAUAGACACACUGACACUCCUCAUUAUUCAAGGAGUGUUAGGUUCUCAGCUCCUCUGGAGACAUUCACAUUGUGUCAUUAUCAACAGUCACCAGCUUUGAUACCAAUAAGAGGAUUCUAUCAAAUGAAGGGUGAUAGAACUAUUGAGCUACUCGUUCAAUUGAAGCUACACGAAACAAUUAGGAACAACUUUGAGUACUGUGAAGUAGUGAUUCCUUUUUUUAACAGAGGAACUAUUGAGAAGAUUGAUAACAUAUCACCAACAUCAGUUAGUCUGUGCAUUGGUCCUGAUAAUAAGAGUCUAGUGUGGAAUAUUGGACAGAAGUUCCCAGUAAAGUCACUGGAAGUGUCCCUCAGUGUUACUGUGACAUUCACUGAGUUUCCUAGUGAAGAGGAGGAGGAGAGAGAUAAAACUGUUGAUGCAAAGUUUUGUGUUGAGCAGAACAGCUAUUGUGAGUUGAAUUUCAAGAUUUCUGAUUUCACUCUCAGCGGCUGUCAGAUUGAUCCUCGUUCGAUCACUUUGUUCCCAUCAAUCAAAUACAAACUAACAUUAGGAAGAGAGCUAGUCUCCUCAGGUUACCGUAUAUGGAAUUCACAUGGUGAUGCACUGGGAAUACCUUUCAUUAGGAAUGAACCAGUUGAAGAAAUUAUUAAUUAGUUACUGAAGAAAUUAUUAAUUAGUUACUUUUAAUAACACUGAUAAUAGGAUUAGUGUUACCUUGUUUGUUGUGUGGUUUUAUACAUGAUUAUUAGUAUUGCUACAAUAAA